AUGACACCAAUUCAGAAAGCUGAAAUUGUUCAUAUAGUUAAAAUGCUUAAAGGAUCUGUUUUAGCCGUAGGUGAUGGUGCAAAUGAUGUAGCAAUGAUUCGAAUUGCUAAUGUUGGAGUUGGAAUAACUGGUGUGGAAGGUUUACAGGCUGCUUCUGCAAGUGAUUAUUCAAUUGCACAAUUUCAAUAUCUAACACGUCUUAUUCUCAUUCAUGGUACUUGGAACUACGAAAGAACUGUUAAAGUUAUUCUAUAUAGUUUCUACAAAAAUAUUUGUCUUUACAUAAUUGAAUUGUGGUUUGCCUUUUUCUCAGCAUUUUCUGGUGUUACAAUUUUUGAACGCUGGUCGAUUGCUUCAUUCAAUAUGUUCUUUACUGCUUGGCCUCCAAUCAUUCUUGGGCUUUUUGACCGGCCAAUUUCACAAAAACUUAUCUUAAAGCAUCCAAGACUUUAUCAAAGCUUUCAAAAAAUGGCCUUUUCCAAUUAUAGAUUUGUGCUAUGGGUUUCUUUGUCUUUGUGGCACUCACUUUUAUUGUUUUUCUUUAAUUAUGGAUUUUAUGGUGAUGCUAUCCUUUGGUCAUCAGGAAGAAUUGGUGGAUGGUUAAUGUUUGGAAAUUCACUUUAUUCUUAUGUUGUCACUACUGUUUGCUUAAAGGCUCUCAUAGAAUGUGAUUCAAUUAAUUUUAUAAUAAUAGUUUUAUGUGUUGGCUCAAUCAUUUCUUGGUUUGUAUUUCUUGCCUUCUAUUCAAUGAUUUGGCCUUUAAUACCUAUCAAUUCAGACAUGAAAGGUAUGUAUCAAAUAAUGAUUACAAGCCCAAAUUUUUGGCUUGGAUUUGUUUUUAUUCCGCUAACAACACUUUUAUUUGAUUUUGUUGUUAAAAGCAUUUGCACAACUGUAAGACCAACACCUCGUGAGAAGUUGUGUUCAGUUGAAAAGAAGAAAACAGUUGGAUGUCAUAUAACAGACCUGUCAGGAGGACAAAUAGAAGAAGUAAGACACACCUAUGAUGAAAUGGAUCCACAACUUGAUCAAACAAGUUGUUCACCUUUAAUUUCCAGAAAAAAUGAUACUCCAAAUAAUUCGCCUUAUACUAGUGCUCAUUCAAAUAAACAAGAGUCUUGCUUUCAAACUCCAACUGAAAACACUUCUGUAAAUACAAAUCUACAUAAUACAGAAAACUAUGGUACUCUAAAUAAGUAA